AUAUAGUAUGGCUGACAAGAGCUGCUUUCUAGCCCUUCUACUACUGUUGAUAUCAGCUUGCUGAACUUGCAGCGUAAGUCCUACCGAUUUAAACCCCUCCAGUGGAUUGUCCAGGAUAAGCCUCUAUGCUCCUUUGCUUUGUGCUACAACCAUUUGACGCCAAUUUCUGCCUUGUCGAAGGCCGUGAAAAGCAAUAUGCACGUCAGAAUACACGUGUACUUCGCGUUUUGCUUGAUUAUGUCUCUCGAGGGUUAACUAUCUGCUCCUUUUGACUAUAGCGAUUCACCCGGAGGAUCCAAAUAAUGCCUCGCGUCCAGCACUUAUCAUGCCGAUGCAGCACUCCUUGGACAUGGAGUUGAUCACCGCCGCAGCUAGGUAUGCUGAUGAGAAUAGAUCUCGCGUAAGUUAACAUAAAUAUCCCGCGCUUUUCGCUUGGUGGUGAGCUUUAACUACUUCUCAAACUCAAGAAACUAAUGAUAUCUUCACAGCGCAACAUCCAUACCAACCCAGAGGGUGUAAUCGGCCAUGCACGUACGGAUAGCAGCAUCUAUGGGUCUGGAAACUCGGGUUCCCCUGACGUUCCAACUCCGCCAACAGGUGCUGCCACCAAGACGGGUGCGGCAGUUACGGAACCAGCUCCUCCACACCAGGGAACCGAGGCAGUGGUCGAUGACGAGCCUGAUACCGCAACUGCCAACGUCAAUGAUCCUGACUUCCCUAACACUGCAAAGGUUCCUGCCACUGACACUCAAAAAUCCCAGUGACCUCAAUAAAGCAUGCCUUUCAUUGGCUCUUAGGAGAAUUCUUCUUUCGAUCUUGACCGCUUCAUAUGAUGUCUACCUGGUACUAAAUGUCUACAGCCCCUUGUUUUUGAUUCCAAAAUUGUGUGGUUAUAUCUGUGCCUUGUACGUUUCUGGGGUGGGAAACCUUUGAAAUUUGAAUGUGUCGCGGGUACUUUCUUAAUGUCGUUUGCGGCUUGGUCGGUGUUCUUACAUGGGAGGUUCAUAGGGCUUUGUUUUAAGUGACUGCUACAAAUACAAAUUAAAUUAUUUUGAACAAUACCUUUCUGUUACUUCUAC